UAGCUAGAUUUCCUUUGUUUUGUACAGAAUAUGGCUGCCAUAUUUAGUUUAGAUGUCUGUUUUCAAAAGUUCUUUGAAAUUUGUGCUAAAAAUCCUAUAAUAAUAUAAGAUUCAGCAUUGAAAUCGGGUGGAAUGUAACGUGAAAAGUGCAUGGACUAAUUGGAACGAUUUAAUUUUUAUUGCCCCACAGUUUUAACCGUAAAAUGUUAGUGUUUACAUCGGUUUUGGAAAGGUUUGAUUUCGUUUGUAUUUUAAGGUAUUACCGUUGACCUGGAGCCCCAAACAGCAGAAAAGGGUGGCGGUGGGGCGGCCACUCCAAAACCUCCUUUUGCGGAGGACAAAGAUGCGUCGUCCCGCUGCACGAAAUCUCCCGGAGAAGACAUGAGUGUAUGCGUGGAAACCAGCACUGCCGCGCAGCUCAUCCAGCAGCCUGUGGCGGUCACCCUGUCCACUUUACCGGAAGUGAUUCUUCCCACCUCAUCAUCAACGAGCCAUCCGGCUCCGGGGCCGGUCAGUUUAACCAUCGAAUCCGCCAAGAUUAAACCGGAACAACUACCGCUCCAAACAGCACCCAAAAGUAUCGCCAAGUUGGUGGUAACCACGCCGCAACAUGGCGCGUCCACCAUCACCACACCCGUCUUACAAAAAGUGGUAAACAGUCCCUUGAUCACCGUAUUAAACUCCACAGGUCCACUGACGGUGGUCAAGAGUCUUUGUGUCAGUUCGGUGGUCAGUACGGCGCCCCAUUACACCCUAGUCAAUACGGCGGCGCCUUUGAACGUCACGAAUGCAGCUGGAAAACCGCCCACGAUCACCGUUUUGAACUGUGCGUCGUUGGCCAGUCAGGUGACGGUUGUCAAGACUAUAACAGCGCCGCCCCCGGCCGUAUUGGACAAACAGCAGACGGAUGUGCCCGCUAUACCCGCCGGUACCAUUGCUACAGCCGUUAUCGAGAAUAGGGGACACAAUGUAUUCGUUAAGAAUACGUGUCCGGAUUCGGGAGUGUCCGAUGUGGUUGCUCAGGGUCACAAGUUGCUCACCGCCGCCAAUUUUUCUACUGGAAACGUAAUAAGCAACAUUACAGCGGUAACGAAACCACCAUCCACAGCCAACGGACAAAGAAGCAAAUUAAAAAUCUUAAGUAACGUCCAGAUUGCCAGCGGUUCUCAGCCGACCAACGUCAUACUCAACAAAACGCCCGGUUUGCCCCAACCCAGGUUCAACGUUACCAGCGCCCCCAACAGGCCAACAACAAAGUUAAUGGGAGUGAACGCGAACCCUCCCGCCAAAUAUUUACCGAAAUCGCCGAACAAUGUGAUAAAAUCAACGGUGGCUCCGGCCUUAAAGUCCCCGCAGGACAAACCGCCCAAAAUGCCGCCGCAUCCCCCCAUGCAAAAAGGUCCGCUCAUGAAAACCGUUCCGCAGGGAAACUUUUCGCAGAAACAACAACCGCAGCAACAACAGCAAAGCAUCAAAACAUUAUCGCCCCAACACAAAAACAUCCCCGGGCAAAUGCAAAGAACCGGCUCCGGUUUGAGAACGAUCCCGCCGCAGAGACCGCAAAAAGUCGCCACCAAGACGAAUUACAUCGGCAAACACGCGGUUCAAGCUCAAAAAGUGAAACACACCUCUACGGCACACGCGAAAUUAAAACCAGUAAGGCCCCCAACGGUCAAUAUGUACGGGGGUUAUCACCACUCGGGGACCAUUCACGAGAAACAAUUGACCUUCAACCAAGCGCUCACCGCUCAAAUAAUCGAAACUUUAAGUAAUACGAGUGCGGCACCGCCCCCGAACCGUUUCGAAACCUCGCGGUACGACAGCGCCUUCAAUUGCCCCACGGAGAAGCAAGUUAUUACCGAAUCUGCCUCAGCUAAACCGAGCGAGGAUAAAGCGAAGAGCGGCCUGGACGCGCUAUCGUUGAUCUGUCAAGCGGUUUUGCUGGAUCAUAACUACAAUGCCACGUUGCCGAGCGAGCAGCCGCCCCCGCGACAAACUCCACCGAUAAACACGCAGGCUCAAAUUAACGGGGUGCCGCCCAUUAGUAUUUACUCGUCGAUACAGAGCAAGCGGCGCAUUAUGGUGCCGCCGAGUUCUUUAAUUCCGCCGCCCCAUUCUGUCGCUCCCACUUUGGUGCCCAGUAAUAACGUUCCGGUUUUAGGGAGUGACAUGAAUCAGCGGGGGGGCGGCGGCGACGACGACGCCGCCUCGGACAUUUCUGAUAUUUCUGAUCGGAAACACGAUACGGAAGGGGAGGAGACUGAUACCGCGCCGGAAGCGGAAGACGUGAAGAACGAGGAACAUUAUGGAGAUUAUGUGACGAGGUGCAUUUGCGGUUACUUACAUGACGAUGGUUAUAUGGUGGAAUGUGAUAAGUGCAAGGUAUGGCAACACGUGCAGUGUGUAGUGAAAAACAAACAGAUCCCCGACGAGUACCUCUGCGAGGAAUGCGACCCGACCAAACCGGUCGAUAGGUCAAAAGCCCGCCUGAUCCAGCAACAAUGGAUCAGAGAGCGACAGCUGAUCGAGCCGAAGAUACGUAAAGAGGCAAAAAUGAAGGACACGCUGCGAAACAAGGAUCAUAACGUGACCGAUUCGGAUUCUUCGGACGGAGAACAGCCGCAGCAGCAGCAGCAGCCGAUGGUGCGUCAUAACAACCUGUUGGCGAAGAAUCGACUGCCGGCACCGGCCCGCCGAAAGCCCGAAACCGUAAAGACAAAGAAAGACAACAAGGAACCGAUAAGAAGACAGAAACGAAAAGAGAAGAAAAUCGUGAAACGGAAAACGAAGUUGCAAAGUAAACAGCCGCAACAGCAGCAGCACCAGCAUACGUCGCACAGCGACGACGAGAACCAGGACACGUGGUCGGCGAAUUUGCCGCAAUUGAGACAGUGGAUCGAGGAGUACGAGGUGGCGGUAACCAACCACUACUCCCCGGAACUAAGGGCUCGGAUAUCGAGUAUACGAGUGAACGGGGCGCACGUGGACUCGAGCGUAAAUUAUGACGAAACCGUUUGUAAUUGUCGCAUACACACGCAACCGCUCACGGAAAUCAAAUAUUUGGUCAGCACGGUGGAACUGACGCCCAAUACACCGAUCAUCGAGCUCAGGGGGAAAUAUAUGCUGUCCACUCAGCAUCGGCACCAAGGCGGUUCCUUAACCACCAGGCAGCACACCCAAAGACCCGGCCCGUUCGUCUUUUUCUACCGAUUGCACAAGGACAAUACGGAAGUGUGCGUGGACACCCGGACGUACGGGAAUAGCGCGAGGUUUAUCCGUAGAUCGUGUAAACCGAACGCGGAACUGCGACACUGUAUAGAAAAAGGGGUCUUGCACUUGUACAUUGUGGCGAUAACGGACGUGGAUAAGAACUGCGAGUUGACCAUCAAACAUGAAUCUCACGAUCUGGCGGCGGUGGGUACGACGCAGAUCGCGUGCGCUUGCGGUAAACAGGAGGAGUGCUCGGUGAACAAGACGAGCAUAAAGAAGAACGGGGAAACGCAGGAGGUGGUCGGUAGGAAGAGGCGAGGACGGCGGACCAUUUCUGCCAAUUUGACCUCGCCCGAUUUGAAGAGUCCGGUCAAGGAGAUACCACCGCCUACGCCGAUUUGUGAACCGGAACCCGUACCGCCCCCAGUAAUCCCACCACCGCCACCUGCGGAGCCGCCAGUCGCCGAGCCAGAGGUGAAGAAAGAACCAGAGGCACCGGAAGAGCAUAAAAUCGAUGAAAAAGUCAAAGAAGAAUUACACGAGACAGCGGAAACAAAAAUGGAAGUGAAGGAAGAACCCGUGGAACUCCAGGAAGAACCCAAAUCCGAGCCUGAUACAGUUGAGGAGAAAAAAGAGGAUCUACCAUCAGAGCCCAAAGAAGAACCAAGUCCACCCUCGCCUCCCGCCAUUCCGGUUAAAACGGAAAUAAAAAAAGAGAAGGUGGAAAGGCCGUUAAAAGAAGAGAGAGCCAAAAGUCCUCCGCUAACUCCAAUAUCGACAAGGAGGGCGUCGCACCACAAAUCCGACAAGGAGGACUCGAGCAAAGAGUCGGACGGCAAAGAAAAGAGCACCUCCAGUACGAAAUGUAAAAAGCUCAGUCGCGAAGAGAGAAAACUGGAGGCUAUUCUGCGUGCGAUCGAGCAAAUGGAGAAGGCGGAAAGCAAAAAGCAGGAACACCAAGCGAAACAGGCGAACCGUAGGGAAUCGGAACCGGGGGCGAACAACAACCCGCCCGCGCCCAAAGAGGAGGAAAAACCGGAACCGAAAGCGAAGAGACGAAGAAGGAGAGGUCGGGCGCGUACCACCAGUACUAGUACGGCCCACACUCGUCGCAGCAGAUUGAACUCCACCGAUUCCUAUAUGACUUCCGGGGAUGAGAAUUUACUUUCACCGAACGAUAGCGGUUCAGCCGUUGCCGCGAAGGAUAACAGCGAGCACCAUCAUCAUCAGGAGAAUAAGGCGGCUGGACUGCUUUUGGCCUUGUCCAAUGGCGAUCCGGAGAAUGGUUCCGGAAGGCGUCAGAGGAAAUCGACUGCGAGUGCCGCACAGGAACACGAUUCCAGUUCGAAUUCGGCGCAUUCGUCGCCGGAAACGCCGCAGCUCUCUUCGGCUUGUUUGCUGGUACAGGCGGCCGUCGAGACUGUGGAGUCCGGCUUCAAGUUUCCGAAAACCAAAAAGGGGUUAAUGAACGAGUGGUUAAACAAAACGCCCGAUCCGGUACAGCCGGCCGGUUCCGUGCUGUCGUCGUCGCUGUUGCCUCAUCUCGGCUUGCAGGGCGGCGAAGAGUCCUCCUCGAACAGCAAAUCGUCGUCGAGUUCCACCCCGGUCACCCCCGUGGGCGAAGGUCCGUCGCGAAGGGGCGCCGGUAACGCCGGAUACGGCAAGAAACGCUGGCUACGGCAGGCGAUCAGCGAAGAUCAUUCCGGCGACAGUCCGGUCGGUAGACCAGAUUCUCCGCCAAUCAGCGACGCGGUGGCUCCGCCAAAAAAACGAAAAUUGCCGCGCGAAUCGCUGUCCAAUGACAAUUCGCCGCCGAACACGCCGACCAAUAGCGGUCCCCCAAAAUUCAUCGAUACGCCCAGAACGAGCCAGGAAGGUUUCGAAAACGUUUAUAGCGGGGCGGAGGGCGACAGUCCCCCCUCGCACAUCCUCGAAUCCGACGCGGAAUUAAAAGAACGUGCGGUCAAAAUGCGACAAGAGCUCGAAAUUGGGGCGAAUACUUUCGCAGAUGAUAGAAGAACGUCCCUGGAAUGUAGUACCGGGGGCGGUGGCCUUUUUUGCGGCAGCGAACAUCUCGUCGGCACCGUGGAAAAAACACUGAGCAUUUUCGGGUUCGAGAGCAACAGUAGUAGUAAGCCGCAAGUUAAUUUACCGGUGAAGAGAAAGGUAAAGCUCUCGAUAACCGAAUAUCGGCAAAGAAAGAGACAGACGACGGACAAAACCGACGACCAGGAAGGAGAUAACGAGACUCACGAGGACAACUCCUCCGAGUCGUUCAAGGGGGAAAUGGUGACGGCGCCGAAGACGAGGUCUCGCAGCUCGAGCAGCAGCUCCUCCCUGAGCAGUUUCGAGGAUCUGUCUCCUUCGGAAGUGGUCCUCAAAGCUCCGGUUUUUAAUUGCGAACCGACCGAGUUGGAGAGACAACGGGAAAUUUCCAGUUUAAGGUUGAAGAAGGCCUUUGGUUUGCCUAUUAAUGAUGAAUCUCGAAAACCGCCAGUAAUAGACAUGGCCUCGAUCCUAAACUGCGACCUGGAGCACAAAAUAAAACCGUCCUCGUACACGCCACUCGCCUGUUACUCGGACCUCUCGAUGUCGCCCACGUUAAGAGCUCCCGAUCGUACCUUCACUCCCUUGCUACCGCCGAUCAAGGACCACGAAACCGACAGUUCCGAUAAAACCGUGACGCAAUCGGACGAUUGUACCACGGUGGAAAAGGAGGAAGAGGUGGACCGAAUGGAGAUCGGGUGCGAUAAGGAGGACGUGGUGGUGCCCCCUAUCGCGGAUGUGGAGAUGAAGGUGUUGGACGGAGAGGACAAUACGACGGAGCUGAACUUGUUUUAUACGCCCGAUGACGAGGAGGAGAGGCCCGGUUGCUCCUUUAAGGAUCCCGAGGUGACUUACGUGCCGCCAUUUAAUAAUCCGGUGUAUCCUAACAGUAAUUUUGGAAGCUUUAGUUCGGCUCUUGAUGAUGAUCCACGUUACCAAAGUCGAAACCCGUCUCCGCCGCCGCCGUCGACGUCGUCCGUGUCGUCAGACUACGGUACCUCUUAGUGAAAUUAGACUAAUUCGAAUUUCAUAAAACAUAUUAUUUUAUAAGAGAGUGCAAUCAGAAUAUUUUUUAAAAUAGUAAUUUAAACUAAUAUCGUAUCGGUUAAGAAGGUGUACAUAAUUGUUUUUAUUUUUGGAGAUUUAUAUUUUUUAAUUUAGUGACCGUUCGUACUACUUACCUGCAAGAACGUUGAUAUACUACUACUACUACUACUACAGACCCAGUGAGUUUAGUUUAUUUUUUUUUUUGGCAGUUUAUUUAUUUUUUUCCUUGGUUUUCUUGACACUCGAGAGUAACGGUUUUGUUAAUGAAAUUCGCUUAAUUUUUAAGACCGUGUAAAUGUGUGUACACUUGUAUAUAGUACGUUAGGAAGAUAACUUUUUGUUUCUUAAGGGUAUCCUCGUGCAAAAGAUGAUAAAUUAAACCCACAUGUGAGAACUCGGUUUUUCGGAUAAAAGCAGCAGCUUGCACGACGAAAUAAUGAAAAAGUACAAAAUUAUUUAAGGGGUGAUCUCGCAUUUUAACAGUUAGAUUUUUUUUUUAAUUGUAUAAUGGUUAUAAGUUUUUUUUUUUUAGUAACAUGAUUAUCCGACAGAUUAGUUAUGUUAUUAACGUUUCUUUUUCUAUUGAAGAGUUGUUUGGGGCCACAUAGUAAAUAUUUUAGUUUAUUAGACGUUCGAUAAGAGUUUAGGGGGUUAGGGUGAAAUGUUGGUACUAAAGGUAUGUAAUUAGUAAGGAGCUAUUUUGUUGGCCGGCGUAUUUCGUGAAAAAAUGCUAUAUAGUUGGUUUUUUUUUAGUAGACAGUGAUUAAUUUAUGUCGACGUUUCGACUGUUUAUUUAGCAUCCUCCGGACGCUAGAAUCGUUAUAAUUUGUAUCGUAUUGUUUCUUGUUUUAAUUCAAUUUUAUAACUUCAAACAUUUUGUUGCUUUUGAUCUGGUAAGUUUUUCUUGACACAGAACAUUUUGUAUUGUAUUUAUUUUAAGACAUUUUCUUGUGUUUAUGACUUCGUUUAAUAAUAUGCCAGUUCCAAGGAUGUAUACAGACUAUUUCAGAAAAAUGGUCUUAACUUCACUUAAAAUCAUCUUACUAUUAAAGUAAGUUGAUUUUUUUUGAUAAUCCCUGUAAUUAAAACAUUCUUAUUCAAAAUAGACUACUCUCAAAGUAUGUGAACAAAGGAGGGAGAAAGUAAACUCAAAGUCUAAGUCUCAUAAAUCAAGCGUCUAUUUUAGGUUACGCGUUUUGCCGUAUUUAGCCCUUUCAGUGACAAUUAUUUGUAAGAACUUUAAAAAUUCUGAUAUUUUAAAAAUAAUGUUAUUAUGCUUAGCGGAAAGGCAUUUUAUCUUAAAAAAUUGUUUUUUUUUUUUGUUUUUGGUAUAAUUUUUGAAUGUUGUCAUUUGACGACAUUGUGACCAAAGGGUUGCUUCACGAUAAAAUAAAAGUAUGUAGAAAUCCGAGAAGUACCUUUACAGCCCAUAAGUUUGCAUCUUGAAGCUGAUUGUUUAUCCUCGUGAAGAGGAAAAUGUCCUGUAUUGUCGAAGCGCACAUCAUCGAUGGGUCUAGUUUUUUGGUACUUUCUCUUUUUUGGAAGUGGACUUAAAAGUGAUUCAUUUGAAGGUCUUCCUCUUUUUCUUGAUACAGCAUUACACGCGAUCAAAGCUUCUGCGACGUGGCUCCUGUAUCAAAUGUAUCAAAUCCAAGAUUUCUUUCGAUGGAAUGUCCAUUUCUUGUGCUUUUUGUCUGUACUCAAAACAUGCGUUAGUACAAGCCAUGUCGAUGGCAUGUGUAAACAUUCGCAAAGUCCACUUCCGUGAUCUAAUGAAUGUUCUGUAAAUCGAAAUCGUGCAAUCUAACUUAUCAACGCCGCCCAUGUAACGGUUAUAAGUUUUUACUACUUCUGGUCUCGGCACCAUGACGUACUCUUUACUGACUUUAUUCCAGCGACGGCAGUUAUCUAUUUUGCCAGAACCCAUAAAAUUUGAGGCCAUAAACAGAGGCUUGUUGUCUGUCACACCAUUUGGUCAUAAUAACCUCACCAUCUUCACUAAUAAUUUCUUCCAUAGAUCCGCGUUGCAUUUCCUUGUCUGAGGUGAAUGGUGGCUUAUUGAAUCUAUCUUUUCUAGCUGUGCAUGUGGCAUAUAUAUUUUUAUGCCUAAGAAAUUGCAAUAAAUUAUAAUUGGAGAAAUAAUUGUCAAAAUACAACUGAAUAUUUUGUACGUCUAUUCUUAUUGAUAAUUUUGCUACAACAGCACCUGCAAGGCCGAAAACUUUUUUUUCUAUGUCUUCUAAUUUGGUUGUUGAUCCUUCAAAUAUAAUAAAAUCGUAGAGUGUCCCACUUUUUCCACACAGAGCGAAAAUUUUUAUACCCCAUGGUGACGGUUUACGUUCAAGGAGCCCUUGAAGGGGACCAUUUGUUCAUCAAUGCAUAGCUCACUUUCUUCAAAAGGCAGAGAUAUACAUCUUUGUCUUAUUGCAUCCAAAAAAGAGGCCUUACUUUCCAGAAACGAUCAUUGUUUUGUGGAUCCUUUUCCUCGACAUUCACAAAAUGAACAUGCAUUCGAAUUUUAAAAAAUCUGUUGAGAGCCAUACAAUCUGCUAUACGAGGUAUUCUUAAGUUUGAAUCCCAAUAGAAACGAACCCGGGGAUCGUUAUUGUCAAUAACGAUACACGAUGGUGUAAACUCAUUUUAUUUUAUAUUUUUUAUUGAUGCUAGCGUGUGGCUUUUGUAUUUAGAUAGGUCUGAUGAUGCCCUAAUACGUCGAAACGCGUAACCUAAAAUAGACGCUGGAUUUAUGAGACUUACUUUGAGUUUACUUUCUCCCUCCUUUCUUCAAACAUUCUUAAGUUAAAAAAAUAUUGAGUUUAUUUCAACGUUUCGACUACUUAUUUAGCCCUCCUCAGGGCAGGAAUUUGUGUGCUAAUAAUUAGUAAAAUAUAAGUAUUUCUUCGUAAGCCAGUUAUGUUUUUUUAUUAAGGAAGGUCUAGGCUCGUUAGGGUAUCAGGAUUUAGUUGAACUUUAAUAGGUUAUGUUUGGCAAUUGAGGGGUCCAGAAGUAAAAGGGUUUAAGUGCAUUUUUGAUAAAGCUGAGAUAAAUUACUUUAAAGUUUACUUCAAUUUGAAAAUUCCAGGAGUAAUUUUAAAAACUUAUGUUAACACUUAAAUUUUAUUUAAAGAUUAAAAAAAGUUUCAAACAAAUAAUAUUUACUUAAGGUAAAAAGUUAUGCGGGUAUAGUGAAUAAAAUUAAGUCCAAAUACUAUACUAAACUCUAUUUUAGAAAAAAAAGUCUUAUUCAUAAUCAGAAUAUAAUAUUUCGACGACUUCAUUAGUUUCUUCGUCUGACUCAGCUGGUCCCGGUUGGGAUUGAUCUGUAUCAGACACUUUUUGCCUCGAUGUCCUGGUAUGUGCUUGUUUCUUUUUUACUUUUUUUGUUAUUGCUUCCCCGUCGUGCUUUAUGUUUUUGUAAAAGGUAUGAUGAAUCGGCGGAACGUAAUUCAAUAAACUAAAUUAGUUUUUGUAUUUAGCGACUUUAAUGUUUAUUGAAGUUUUAUUCAAAGGCUUUAGUAUUGAAAACUUAAAAACACGGACGCCCAACUUGUGAAGUUCCUAUCAUACAACUGCGAAAGUCUAUAUCAGGGUUUAAGGUAUUCUUGUAUCGAAAUGUUAGUCUUUCACCUUUAUAAUGAGCAAACCAGCAAAUUUCUUUCCAUUUUAAGGAAAAGCGUCGCUAUUUUUUUGGGUUGGUUCAUCAUUUCAUUGAACGACAAAAAAGAGUAAAAAUCAUCUUUGUUCAUAUUGCACACUAUGAAGUUGGACGAUGUGUCCCUUAUUACAGUCUCCCAAUCUGCUGGGAUAAAAACUUGAGGAAUUUGCCUUUUUUUCUUCUCAAUUAAACCAAAACUACGGUCACAUUCCAUGUAGGUGUGCCCGGUUUCAAGAAACUUUUGGUGAAUCUCUGAUAUAUUUGUAGCUUGAACAACAAAACUAAAUAGUUUAGAAAUAUUUUUAUUCUUAUUCUGUCCUCCACACGAAUCACUGUAUGCAACAAUCUUGGUAACUGUAGAUGGAAGACUUUAAAUACAUUUUAUUAAGCAUGAGCCUAUCUCCUAUGAGCCCUUGGAUGCAAUAGUUUCAUUCCAUACAAACAUAUGACUUUUUCCAUUCAGUAAGUCAAAGACACAGAAAUUGUACGUCCAUACCUUUUUUAAUCACGUCUUCAUUUGUAGAGUGUUUUACUAGAUUUUGUAAAUUAUCACAACGAUUGCAGGUGUCACUAUAGGGUUUGUGGAACCGUAAAUUAAAUGCCUUAUUGAAAAUAAACCUAUAAUAGGACUCUUUUACUGGUAAUUCUUGUUUGUCACUACAAAACUCCCGAUAUAAUUUGUACAUCUUAUUGACACUCGGUUCUCCUGAGAUAUACUUUGUGUUUAGAUUGUCUUUUCUAGAAUAAUGGCUACUAUACUUUGGAAACAUGUUUAUGUGAGAAAUAACAAGAUUCUUGCACGAUUCCUUUAUUUUAUUUGGAGGCUUCUUUUUGCCACGCUUGUCAGAUUCAAUCAUGUUAAGAUCUGUAGUUUUUUUGCAAACAAUCUGAAAUCGUCGCACAGAAAUGUCAAAAGUGCGUAAAAAAAAAGUUGUUUACAAACUCGUUUCUCUACUAAAAAUAUAACGGUGCUGUAGUUUUUAUUUUUUGUAACAGCUGUGGCUGUACUGAAUUUUUUUAAUGCAAGAAGAUAAAAAUGCAGUUUGCAGGUCGUAGGAAGAAAGUUCAUAAAACUUCUUAAACAGGUCUUUUCUUUGGGCCUCACUAAUAUUUUCGUUGCACUUAUAUCUACAAACGUGAGGCUAUUCCUUUAGGCAUUCCGUACCUUAUUUUUUCUUCCAAUAUACUUUUUUCCUUCGGUGCGCAACCUUUUAGCAGUGUUAUCUUUCCACCCUUUUUGACGUCGUUUCCUUUGUCUAGUUUUUGCUGGCGUUACAUGUACAUAUUCAUUUUCAUGUUCAACUUCUACCUCUUCAUGGCUUUCAACUUCUACUUCUUCAUUUUUCUCAGGAACAUAGUCCGAAUCUUCAUCAGUCUGAAACGGAUCAGUUUCUGUAAAAAAAAACACAAAAAUGAAACAGAGAAAACCUGCAGAUGAUAUCAAAAUUAAACGCGAAAACAUCGAUUAGAACACCCUAUUUUUUUUAAAACAGGUAUCUAAUAUUGUAGCUUAAAAACUAUAAUUUUGCAAUAAAUUCAAGUAAAAAAAGUUUUAGACUGUGCUGAGACUCCAUCCCGUUAAUGUAAUUCCUUUGUAUUGUGACCCAAACGCCUUAACUCUACACUAUCUUGACUAUAAUAUCCAUUUUUGCAGUAGAUACAACAGUUCCAGUCGAACAAUAAAAAUGUAGAGACGGGAAAGGAAUAAGGAAAAAUUUCACAAUCCAAACAUGGUUUAUGAAACGCGUUAAAAAACUACCCUUGUUUCUUAUGCAGGCGUGAAAAUAAAAUAUUUUUAAAAUAAUUCAACCUAACAUUUUGUUAUUCAUAAAGAUCUCUUAAGUUUUAUUAUUUUAUACAAAAUUAAUGUACUUUCCAUCGGUUUCCCAGUAACAACACUGCAAAAUAAAUGUAUUUCUAAAUCAAACUAAGUAAAACUUCGACAAUAACAUUCAACCGUCAAACAAUAAUGGCUGUCGAAACUUUAGAAGUAAAAUGGUUCAAGUGCACUUGAAUCAUUUUACCAGAUACCUUACUAGUGGAUAUUUUGAUAUGCUUUCAAAGAUUCCGAGAGAUGGUGAGCCAGGGGACGUUGCAUGAGCUUGAAUCAUUUUACCUCCAAGUUAGGAUAACCUUUAGGUAUGAUAUUCUGCAGUUAGACGAUUUAUUUAAAAAAGUGCACAUGAACCUUUUUACUUCCGGGCCCCUCAAUUGUAAACUAAAUGCACUUUUCUCUGUAUCUCAUUGAAGCAGUUUUUCUUUUUAAAGCGUUUUAUUCAACUUGUAGAACAAGGUUUUAACAAUUUUAAGGAAUGUUUCUUAAUGUUUGUAUCAAUUUAGAACAUCAAUAAUUAUUUUGCUUGGACGAUCCACGAUCUCUGUACGUUAAAUUAUCCAUUAAAAAGCUGAAUCAUGAAAUCCACUGAUAAUAUUGAAGUAAAUCAUAAUAUCGUCAAAGUUUUAAAACCUAUUGUUGAAAAAAAUUAAAUAUUUUUUACAGUUUAGCCUUAAAACAUGAAAUUUCAAUUUCCUAACGGUCAAGAUAAAAAUUUAAAAUCAUAAAAUCGUGAAAUUUAUUAAUGAGACCUUGCAAUCUUAAUUUCAAAAUUACAAUGGCAAAUAUUAACCCUUAAAAUCGAAAUAGAAAACCUAGUAAUUUAACGCAAAACCUUAAAAUUUGAACCUUCUAACGAUGAGAAAUCCUAAUCUAAACUUAAAACACCAUAAUCGUUAAGAAAUUUCAACUCUUAAAUUGAAAAACUUGGAUUUUAUCUUAAAUCUUUUAAAUGUCAACCAUCUAACAUUGGACAAUAUUAAGGCUUUAAAUCAAAAUUUCAAAUUUUGAAAUUUCGAUUUCCUAACUUUAAUUAGCAUCUCAGACUUUUGAUCUUUUAAAAUUGAAGAUCUUGAAAUUUAUCUUAGAAUCUUGAAGUCUUAUUCUCCACCGUUGAAAAAUAUUAAGCCUUAAAAUCGAGAUGAAAAAUCUGGUGAUUUAUCUCAAAAUGUUGAAACAUUAAUCUUUUAAUGUUGACAAUCUUAGUGCUUGAUUAAAAAAAAAAUAUCAGAAAUCCUUGGAAUUCCGAUUUCCUAACCUUCAGUUGUAUUAAAACCUUAAUCUAUUAAUGUUGAAGAUUCUUAACUUUCAGAAAAAAUCUGAAAUUCAUGAAAUGUUGACCAUUUAAUAUUUGAAAUCCUUAAAAUUUUGACGCUUUAAUUGAACAUUUCAAAUCUUGGAAUUUGUCAUAAAUCCUUGAAAUGUCAAUUUCCUAACCUUAAUUGUCUCUUUUAGUUAAUAAGCUGAUGUAAAAAAACUUCCUUAUGGACUGUAAAAGCCUUUUUUCGAUUAAUUCGUCCAGCAAAGUGGCUCCUAAAGAAAAUGCUUUGCUACGCAGCUUUAAUUGUGAUUAUGAAUCAAUAAUUAUUGAUAUUAUUGUGUCUAAUAAACCUAAAUCGGAGGCCCCAAAUAUAUUAUAGUUACGAUAUAGAAACCUAGUUCUAACUAUAUUGUUUUAUAGCUUGUAUAGUACAUUGAUUAGUUGCGCCGACAUGGAAUAACAUCACAAAUGGAUCCUGUGGUUUUUUUUUAUGUAAAUAUUUCGCUCUUGUGUACAUAGGUACCAUAAUAUUAUUUAUAAUAUUUUUUUUGUAAUAUUACGUACUACAUCCAGUGUUAUGUUACUUUUCCAUUAAUUUAUUUAUAAAAAAAAUUUAGAAAUUGUUAUUGUAAUCCUAAUGCCGAUUGCAGUAAGGAUUGUUAUUGUUUUCUAAAAAAAAGAUAAAUAAAUAAAAAUGAAUCUUGGCGCGGACGGGCGCGCAUUUGGCGCUUUGUACAAAAUUUCGUAUAAAAAUUACAAAAAAAAAAUUAUUCGUACUGUCAGUAUUAUUAAGGGGAAGGGGGGUGCCGGGGGUUGUAUAAAUGGGUGAACAAAGUGCGUCCGUUCCAUGUAAAAAUAGAUAAAAAAAUUUGUCAAUGGUAACUUCAACGACAUAAAAUAACUAUUUUAAUAUGUAACAAGGCUGUAUAUAAAACAUUAAUAUUGAUGUUGGUACGAUUUGCGUACAAUUAUUAAAAAGUCUUUGAAAAAUUAA